UCGACGCCUCAUCUGUUCGCUCGGCUCGAACUCGAGCAGGGCCAGCGCUAGGGUUCCAGCGCCGCCGCCGGCCCCGCCUCGCCGCCGCCGGGACCCACUCCCGCCGCAGCCCAGCUUCCUCCACGGCCCGUCUGCCCCUCUGCCCUCUGCCGCAGCCGGGACAACGGGAAGCUGCCGCCGCGCCCCUCUGCACCGGCUGCCCACGGCGCCUCCGUCCCGAAGCUGCAGACCAUCCAGUCCUCCACUCCUCCACGGUUAAGAUGACUUGUGCAUAGAUCGAGCUUCAGUCUGAUGGAUUCUGACGACAAGAAGUUUGGCAAAGGACCUAGGGAGCUCACUGGUGCUGUUGAUUUAAUAAGUCAGUACAAAUUGGAGCCGCACCAUGAUUUCUUUUGCAAGAGGCCUUUGCCACUUGCAAUCUCAGAUACACAUUACCUUCACAAUGUAGUGGGGGACACUGAAAUUCGGAAAGGAGAAGGAAUGGAGCUAGAUCAACUCGUUCAGAAUGCAUACUUAAGGGAUAAGCCUCCUUCUAUUAAGCCCUUUGAUAUGGAAACACUGGGGCAAGCAUUUCAGCUUCGAGAAACUGCUCCAGUAGAUUUACCCUCUGCUGAAAAAGGUAUACCUACCAUUUCGGGCAAACCGAAAAGUGAGUCCAAGGACAAAGAGAAAAAACAUAAAAAGCACAAAGACAAAGAUAAGGACAGGGAGCAUAAGAAGCACAAACAUCGACAUAAGGAUCGGUCUAAAGACAAAGACAAGGACAAGGAUAGGAAAAAGGAUAAGCAUCAUGAGAAGAAGAGGAAGCAUGAGGGGACGGAGGAUUCGGCAGACGUGCAUAAGCACAAAAAAAGCAAGGUGAUGUACAAUUAUUAUUUGCUUCCUGGUACAACAAAUUUCCUUGCAGCACAUUUUGUUGGUCUGUUAACAUGACUUACCUAUGGCAGCAUAAGAGUUCCAAAACCGAUGAGAUGGGUAAUGGACUUAGUUAGCUACAGGUUUUCUUCUUACUUCUGUUGUCAAUCAAUGUCAUAUUCUGUUAGAAGGAGGCUCAAAAGAUUUCCGUCACCAGACCCGCUGCAGAUCAAUUGGUACAUGCUUCUUGAACUUUUAUUUGCUGUUGGGUAGAUGCAUAAAUUGAUUAUUUUGUAUUGCUUUUCUUAAUUCUUUGUCUUUCGGUGAAACAUGAAUUCAAAUGUUUCAGAUUUAAGCUGCAUAGUGAGCUUGUGUUUUUAAGUCAACCUAGAUUUUAUUUUAUUAUUUGGAGCCUAAAUGAUGAAUAUUUUAACCUUUGGUGAAUUAUUUAUUACUCAUUCAAGAGAAUAAGAUCUGCCUUUUGCCUGACUUUGUAAAUAUUAGUCUCAUUUGAUUUUAUCUGCAUCUUUUUUUUUGUGAACAAUUUUAUCUGCAGCUGUACAAUAUGUGAUGUUAGGGACGGUUGCCCUGACAUUACUUUAUGUCCACUCUCAGUUUUAGACCUGGGCCAAUUUCAUUUCUUCAGUCUCACUUGACUUGAGAAGUACAGUUAGAUUAUUUCCUUUGAUUGGCAUCUCUAGUGGUAUUAAUAUAUCAGUUAUGAUGGGCCUGCUGACUUUCUAUACUAUGUGGCAUGAUCUGGUUAGGCCUGACUUGCAUCAUAAAUUCAUAAUGUAGUCACUAGUCCUAUACGGUUUGCAGUUUACCAACACUUUGACCAUACCAUAUGGUGAUUAAUUGGAACACAAUGAACUAUUAAAAAAGAUCACUCGCAGUUUACCUAGUGAUGUUUCUUUCGAAAUCGUCGUAUGCCAUUUGCAACUCUUUAACGUCUGCACCUUGUAUAAUCUUCACAAUUAUUGUCCAGUUCAAAUAAGAUAUGGAAAACACUGCCAGAUGAACACCAAUGGGGAGAAACAUUGGCAAACAGUAGGCUUUUGUUUGCAUCUGUGAUAAUCCAUGACUCUUAACUCUUACUUUUAUGUGGGUGAUGCAGAUAUCAUGAAUGGCAGUUUAUUUGAAGGUGCUUCAGAUGAACGUCUUGCCUGCUGCUAAUUAUGUUGUUCUUGCAGUGUGGACCAUGUGGAAAAUGUAACUUGUAACAAAGGGACAAUCCAACUGUAUUUUGCAACCUUUUGUCCCUCGCUGACUAAUGGGUUGCCUUGUAGGAACAUUUAGAUAGGACUUCUAAUGAGAUUUUUUCCCCAUAGAUCAGGAAAUCUGAGUAGGUGUUUUUGGUGAGAUAAUUUUUAAGACUAGGAUCAGUUAACAAUUUCAUUUAGAUUGAACUUUUAAUGAGAUUAAUUUAAAAGAUUAGGAGAUCUGGGGAUAGGUGUCUUUAACGAGACAUUUAUCAAAGGCUAGAAGCAGUCCAUUCUGUUAACCAGGCCUGUGAUAAACUAGUUGAUGUAGCAUGAUAUAAUGGUAAAAAAAAUAUAUUGUAUGAUAUGGAAA